AUGUGGCCGGUAAUAAGUUAUCACAGGCCUAAUUACGGCCGCGAAACCACCUGUCCGCUAUCAUCUGUACAUAGGCCUCCGCAUAUACUUCCGUGCGUCUUACGCGCGGGCCCUCCCCCGCCGCGGGAUUGGUCGGCGGCGGUGGUGCGCGCGCAGCGGCCCUCCUCGAUGCCGGCGCGAGACGGUGAGAUUCCACAGAAGCCGGUCGUCGCAAUGUGCGGCCGCGGACAGUGUCGCCGCGACCACGCCGCCACGCUGUCACAGCUGACGCACCGCCGCGCACCAACUAUACACGCGUCCGACCAGUCCGGGAGAGUCACAACUUUUGCUUGCGAC